AUCUCCCCCAGGUUCCUGCAGGUCCUCAUGUAAAAGCGUCCAUGUGAGGAUGGCGGACGCUCUGAGGACGCUGUACGGCAGUCUGAUGGUUCUGUUGGGCGUGGCCUCUGUCUGUGGGAACCUCCUCCUCUUGCUGGUGCUCCUCCUCAACAAGGAGCUCCGUACAGACACGCUUGGCCUCACCUUGAGCUUUGGCAUCAGCGACUUGGCACUCGGACUCUCCACCAUUCCCUUUGGGGCCUAUAACAGCCUGGUCCAGCCCUCCUGCUGCCCCAGUGAGGGCGCCUUCUGUCAGGGCAGCGGCUUCAUCUUCGUCCUCCUGCAGACCUCCUCCAUCCACUCGCUAACCUGGGCCACUGUCGACAAGUUCACCGAGAUCUGCUUCGCCCUCAGCUACCGCACCAUCUGGACAGCCAGGCGGAGCAGGAUGGUGCUGGUCUUGAUCUGGUUGUUCUGCCUGGUGAACGCGGCCCUGCCACUGCUGGGCUUCGGCAGCUACAUCUACAGCGAGUCGCGGUUCCUCUGCUGCCCGAGCUUCACCCCUGAAAACAAGUGCUUUGUGGUGCUGUGGAUGUUGGUGGGCAUCGUGGUGCCAAUCCUCACCAUGUGCUCUCUGUAUGGGUACAUCGUGUACGUGGCCAGGAAACAGGCCAGGAGGGGAACAUUCAUGUGCAACGACCUCCACUGCUACUACGUCCCUGCCAACAAUUACCUGAGAAGCUCCAUCGUGAUGGUCACAACCUCAGUGUGUUUGCUGGUGUGCUGGCUGCCCUUCAUCUCAGUGUGUCUGUACGAGACAGUCAGUGGUCGGCAGAGUCCAGCUGUGACCUCUGCCCUCUCCGCAUGGCUGGUCCUGACCAGCGCCGCCCUCAACCCCUGGAUCACCUGUAUGACACAGAUUAGGUACAGGGCAGCGGUACGUCGGAGCGUCGGCAGGUUUAUUCAGAUGUGUCUAUGUCCUGGGACGCCUCUGGUGUCCCGCCCCCAGAGCUCCACCCUCCACCUGGACACAACCAAUCGCAUCAGCACGACCACGACGACUACGGCUGCAACACUCCCACCGUCAUCACAGAAAACACCAACACCGCCAUGAUGACCACGCAUACACACCAGCUGUACCUGUAGAGACAAACUGUC